AAGGAGCAACUCAUUGGCUAUUGCAUUAAUAUGCAAAAGCUUGGAUUCAGAUUAACUAAAUCUGGAAUUAACCAUUGCAUAAUAGAAAUUAUAAAUCAUCAAAACAAACCACAUCUAUUUGGCGAAAAAGGAUCAGGUCAAGACUGGUGGGCUCGUUUUAUAAGAGAUCAUCCUGAGUUAUCAUUUCGUACCCCACAAGAAUUGUCUGAAGCCU